AUGAAGCGUUCACUAAUGAUACAUUUAGUAGAAAAAAAAUGCAGCAAAACUAAAACACUCGAAAAUUUCGAAGAUUCUCCCUUCCCUCCGAGUGCGGAAUUAUUCACUGAAGAAAUGUCGUUCAUCAAUACUGUUGUUAAUUUAAACAAUCCAGAAGACUUUUUCGAGGAAACACCAACAGUUGAAAAUUUAUAUCGAAAUUUAUCAAACAAUUCGUCAGAUUCUGAUAGUUCUACUACAUAUGGUAUUGAGAGCUUCACACCUAUACCUUUACCAUCAGUUUCUUUUUCAUCAGCCUAUCAACAAACUGAAAGCGAGUUUGAUAGUUUUCCUUUAAAUUCAGAUUACACUGAUACACCGCUAAGUAGUCCGACAAAUGUAAAGACAAAGAAACAAAAAAAGAAAGAUAAGGGCAGAUUACGAGAAAGAUACCAAAGCAGGUGGCUAGAUGAGAAACGAAAAUACAACUUAAACAGAAGCUUAGAAUAUAUAAGUAGGACUGGAAAAAUAACUAAACAGAAAGAAAUGAAAGCUCCAUGUAAAUAUCCUAGAAAAUAUGCUGAAAAAUUGGAAGAAAUGGCAAGAUUUCUUGUUGUUGGUCACAUCCAGAACGAGGGUGACAGUAUUCACUCCGUAAUAGAAAAGAAAACCAGAAGUGUAUUGAUUUAUACUCCAGAUCAA